GCACUGUGCUCCACGUGAGUUAGUGACAGUGUGGAUCCCCUGUAUACUGUACCCUGAACAAACUCAGUCACCAUGGGGAAGAAGAGAAAGAAUUCAGCUCCUAUGGAGCAAUCACAAGCGGGAGCAGCCAAGAAACCCAAAGCCAUGGAAGUGGAGUUCACAGGGACUCACUUUAAAUCCAUGUUACAGGAUCCCCAGACUAUACAGAAAGGCUUGGAACAGUUUUUGAAUCUAUCUAGGGCGCUACCCUCUUCCGAUUUGUAUGAUGUAGUUGAGGGAUACAUCAAGAUUUCAGUUGAAUGCAUCGAAAUUCUGAAAUUAUUAGAAGGGGAAAAACGAAUUGAGAGUGAACUCAUGUUAAUUUUUCAAGUUCUGGAGGCCAUCUUACUGAGGACAGCAAGUGACCUCUCGCAUUUAAACGUGGCUGGCGUGAACAUAGUGAAGCAAAUGCUGAAUACACAUAUGAAAAUGAUAUAUGCCUCUCUAUACUCGGUGACGUACAGAAUGUCUCGAAUUUGCCUUAAUUUAUUGUCGGCAAUGGUGACGCAAGGACCAGAGUGCGCCAGGGAUGUUUUUAGCCAUUUUGAUUUCCAUAACAAGUGCCUGCCCUCGUUACUGAAAAAGAGAGACAAACAGGGGAGACCAGAUGUUCGAAUGGCGUACAUUCAGUUUGCACUUUCUUUCUUAAUUUCUGGAGACAACGCCACUAUUGUUCAAAUCAUAGAACUAAAAGAUUUUAUUGGAGAUAUUUUUUGUACCGGCAUAAGAGAAGACCGAAUUUCUUCUAUCAAUCUCCUGCUUUCACUUCUUGAAACUAAAGUCAUUCACAAUAAAGUGAUUACAAAGACGCAUAAAAUGCGUUUUUUUACAUCGGCAAUUUUAAAGAACAUUGCCUCGCUGUAUCGCUGGAACGGUAUCGUUGAUGUAAGCACAGAGGAUGUCAAGGAUACCAAAGAUUCACAGGAAGCAGGCAAGAUCAUGGUGAGACAGUUGGUUCACAGUUUCCUUAUGGAGCUCUGCUGUUCUUUGAAACAAGGCAUCAAUUUCUACGAUCGAAGUCUCGGCACAGCUGGAGGGCCGCAAAAUCGGGUGCUCUUGGGAUUCCUUGUUUCUCUAAAAACUGCACCAGAAGAUGACCUGAUUGCCGAGCUCGUGGUAAACAUACUUAAAGUGUGUCCUGACUUACUGAGCAGAUACUUUAAAGAAACCCAGCACUUAUACAGUCCUCGACUCAAAUCUGUUUGGCUGGACAAUAUUAAAUUACUUAAAAAGAUCUAUGAGGAGCUGCCAGCGAUCUCGGUUGCAUUCAGAACGGCAGAGUUUGUUCCCUUCCCUCGCCUCAUGAGCAUGGUGAUGGUAACAACUAUGGCACCGGUCUGCAAUAAAGUGUUUUUCACUCAAGGUCUAAAUCUGCCAAACAAGAUAGUGAGGUAUACCACGCUGUCCCUCUUGUGCUCCAUUCUGAAACGAGCCGAACAGAACAUUAAUCAUUGUCUAAGUGAAGAUGUCUGGCAAAAGUCUGAAAUCUACACGCCUGCUGCAAUGUCUGAAUUUGCCCAGAAAUACAGAGAGGCUCUCAGUAAGCUCUUACCAGACAUGAAUACCAUUGUGGCAGCCUGGCAGUCACUAUUAAAGCGUGAUGGCACUGAAAUUGGUAACAAGAAGGAAACGGAUGUGCCCGCCGUUGGUGAAACAAACCUAACGUACCAAGACAUUUCCGGAGUUACAGGAGAACAAUACGGUUCCGAUGAUGCCCAGACCAUUCUGCUCAAAGCGACACUGCUGCAGGUCCUAUGUCUGUAUCAGAGAGUGGUCCCACACCUGGUGACACAGAGCAAUUUUGAUUUCGGCAAACUUCUUAAAGGUAUUGUAAAUGAGAGCGGUAUUAGGGAAGAGGUGCCUCCAGUCCUCCAACAACAUAUUCUCCAAGUGGCCCUUGAACUUCCAGCUAACAAGUUUUCUUGGUUCAAAUUUCAGAAUGUGCCGGACAUUUCUGGGGAGAAGUCUGUGUUCUAUCUGCUUCUGAAAAUGUUUGUAGCGUGUAACAAACCACAGCUUAAAAAUUCUACGAGACUACUGAUCAUAAAGGUACUCCGUGACAGUGGAGUGUUUGAUUAUACCUGGAAAGAGCUGGAUCUUUGGCUGGUACAUCUCGAUAAAGUAGAAGAAGACUCCAAGGAAACUGUGAUCCAGUUUUUAGAACAGAUUUUAAGUAAACUGGUGAUCAAGCCUUACCAGUAUGCCGACAAAGUGUCUGAUCACGUCCAAGAGGCCAGCAUACUGCAGAGCAGCAUCAACAAACAGGAUUCAGAAACUGCCAGUAUACCAAUCUCACACAUUGACGAUGUUCUGGACAUGGUGGACGUCCUAGUCGAGACGAGUGAAGGACUAGAUGAACAAAUUGGGGUGGCUCUGGAUGAAGACCUGAUUCUUCUGACGUUUCCGUUUAGUGCUGUUGUCCCAGUGGCUUUGGAAGCUCGCAAUAGACUGCUUGGCAAUGAGGAGGGCGGGAAUGAUUGGGCUCUUCGAUACCUCGUAUCCGUUCUGACUGAUAUUCUUCACAGCCAGAGGGACCCUCUCGCCCUCUGCCUACUGAUCCAGUCUUAUGAUAAAGAAUUAAAGACCCUUGGUACAAUCGCUUCAAAGUGUAUUUUGCUUGGGCAGUUUCAUGAAUAUUACGCCCUCUGGAUACCUACAACAAACAAAGAAGCUCUUUUUGAUGGGCUUGAUGACUCUGCAAAGGAGAUCCAUCUGUUUGAUGAGGCUUCUUAUUCCUCGCUGCUGAAGAAGACGUUUGUAGCGAGUGGCCCUUCGGAGGGUCACACAGAGGAGAUGUUAAAAGACGCGGCCUCGCUAGUUACCCUUGAGGAGCUGCCACUAGCUGUGAAGCAUACUUUGCUUUGCCUAAAAUCUACCGUGGACGACUUUAGCAAGUUUAAGAAAUCUUCUGGAGCCAAUCUGGUCAGACUCUUCUUUGACCUUAUACUUGAUCUAUUGCGUAGCUAUGAGUUCACAAAAGCCAGCCAAUCACAAACAGCGGAAGAGUUGAAAAAUGAAUCUGAGCUCUUCGUUGAUAGUUUUGCAAUAAGUGAGCUGGCAUCUCAGGAUAAUAUGAUCCUUUGUGAUGUGCUGACUGUUCUUUUCCGACAUCCCACUUUGGAACAUUGGUUCUUGGCUGUGGAACGCCAGUCUACCCCAGCACAUAAUUUAAACCCUGUCACUGUUAAACUGCUUUCCUCUAACUUAAAUCAAGGUGUGAUACAAUUGCUGAAAUACAGUGCCCUUCUACUUCAAGAAAACAAUAUACUUCAUUUGGCAUCUAAAUAUUUUGAUGCUGUCUCUCAAAGUGUCUUAAAAGAACUUGGGUUGGUCAGUAAGAUCUCAAACAAGAUAUCUCCUCAGUUGGAAGCCCUUCAGAACUUUGCUCCUUACAUGGAAACAGUCCAACUGAAUGACAUCUCCCUGGCUAUUCUGAAGCUCCCCAAGGAAUUCCUUCUCGCUAGCAAAGACGAAGAGCAGUUGAGCAAAUAUGGAACCGUAUUGGUCCAGCUUAUCAAUGAGUGUCGCCAGAGGAACCAGCAGCAAGCAGAUCUGGCCACCUCCAUAGAACACGUGAGAGGAGUGAGUCGACUGUUGUCAACAUCUGCAGCUGGGGAGAUUGAAACUGUCCUCUACGAGGCUCUUCAAAGUGAACCAACACUUUCUUACGUUUUGGGGGUCAAUGUAUUGGACCAUUGUCUCAAACAGAUGACGGAGACUUGUCUCCGCAUUGCAGCUCUGCUCAUUCAGCACAGCAGGACACACCUUUUGCAGUUUGAAAUGUGGUUGCUAAAUCCUAGGACAGGGAAGAUUUUGAGAAAAAAUAUGGAGUCCUGUUUGCCGCUGAUCGGGGAAUAUCUGAAAUACAGCGAAGACUUCAAAUUUACACGGCCGUCUAACGUGUCCUCUGCAGUUCUACACAUUUUGAAAGAUGUCUUCUGGAACAGGCUGGUGAAGGUCUCGCUAAGCUCAGAAAAAACGGAGAACUCCCAAAACGCUGUUGUGCUUUCCAAGCUUGUUAAAGUGUCUGAACCCGACCAGUUAAAGAUACUUAUGGACCAACUCCCUGAUAUUUUGCAGCAAUCUUGGAAUCAGGAAAAAUGGGUUUUGGCUGAAUCUGUCUCACAAGCCGCCACAAGUUCUGUGACCCCGAUCUCUUCUUGGAAGAGAGCUCUGCUGGCUGCUUGCAUGAAGUGUCUGACGGUCACAUACAGCGCCGACAAGGAUAUGAAAGGAAAUGCGCCAGAGGUGGAGACCGCCAUGGCUUCCCAGUUUAUGGAUCUCCUUCCCUUUGUCAAGGUUGAUGUACGUGAUGAAUGGAAUGGGCUAUUGAAAGCUGGACUCAAAUACCGUUACAAAGACUGCACAUUUCUGGAUAUUCUUAACGCAGGGAUCAAACAGUGGUACGGUGCAGAUGGCCCAUCCACAAAGGAUUUAGUGCCUUUGCCAGUGAUACACAUGAUGAUAACUCAGCAUUCCUUAUUUUUGCCAACUCUGCUGAGAUCCAAAGAGGAGGAGGAUGUGCACAGCAGGACGCGGGAAUUGCUAGUGGAUAUUCUGAGGACUAUCGUCAAGAGGUGUCCUUCAGUCUGUGAUGGUAAUCACUUUGCUGUGUUACUAGGAGCCUAUGGAGCCACUCUGAGCAGCACAGAUCAAAAAAUACUUCUCCUUUUACAGUGCUACGAAAGGAAUAAUCUGAGUCUCACUGAGUUCAGGUUGUUGUUAUGGGGUCCAGCUGCUGUGGAACAUCACAGGACACGUAAGAGCCUGGGGAAGUCCUUGUGGCAGCAGCCGAGCAUGGAAGAGAUUCUGGGUCUGCUGGAUCGAGAGAAGAUGAUGAAAACGCUUAUGAAUUUUCCGCAGCACAGGAAACUCGUUUCCGAGGCUGAGAAGGAACAUGUAUUUGAAGACCCCAGCAUAAAGGAUUUAGAUGAUCUGUAUGAUCCAUGCUUUCUUCUUCCUCUUUUCAGUGAAUUAAUAAGACCAGAGCUGGUUGUGGACUGUGCGAAGUUUGUGGAAAUGAAUGCCCUGGGACUUACUGUAGCUGCACUCAGCAGCUAUGAUUAUAACAUGAGAGCGGCUGCAUACUACAUCCUGGGAUCCUUCGUCUCUCACAUGGAAGGCGCUCGUUUCAGAGAGAAGAAGCAGCUGCAAUAUUUCUUGGACAUUAUAAAGAAUGGACUCCGUAAGCAGAAUCAGCGAUUGACAUUCCUAAUAACCCUUUAUGUUGCUAAAGCAGCCCAGCAGAUUCUCAGACCAGAGGAACACAUGUACAUUAAGAUAUCAAAGUUCAUGUUGUCACAUCAGGAUUUGCACAUGAAGAAAGUUCCAGAUUUCUAUAAACUAUUCUACAGCUUCGAUAUAGAGCACAAAUUGGAGCGUGAGUGGAUACUGACAUUUAUGAGGGAUGGACUUCGGGAUAAAUACUGCUACGAACUUUACGAUUACCAGAGAAUUAUUCAGAUCAUAAUGACUUUUUAUAUCAGCCCGUUGUGCGAUGAAGCAGCGCAGAAACUAAUCUUGGAGAUAUUGCUGAAUGCAUCUACCAUCACAAAAGCUGCAUACCAGCUUAUCCGGGACCACAGCUUGUUAACCUGGAUACUCAAUAUCCUUGAGAAACGGUUUCUCGAGAACAAUAUAUUGGCCAGCAUCGUUUCACUAUUAAACAAUUUAUGGGUAACAAAUCUGGGCAAUAAAGAGAGUCAGCUGACAGCUGAUGCGCAGAGUAACGAAGAACCUCUAGAGAAGCAAAAGUUCCUCCCUCUCCAGUUGGUCAAUGAAUUUCUCAACGUAUUAUUGUCAUUGCUCAGACACAUCCGGCCGAACUUAGAUUCUGACCACCUGAACCAGUAUUUUAGCACUGUAGGUUCUGUAUUGAGACAUCGCUCAGUGGUUCUGAGGGCCUUUAAAGAGAUGGGCAGAUUCGCUGUAAAUGAACAGAUCUUAUCCAAUAUGGACAUCCUCCUUUUUCUGCACAAGUGGAGCGUGAUUGAAAGGGACCUGGAACUUCAACAAAGUCUGACUGCCCUGGCUCAAGAACAUAACGUGAAAGAAUUGCUGAGCAAUAUUAAAGAGAAAUUUAAAGCACAGGGUGUCCAGCAACGCAGGAAGAAGACAAACACUGAAAAGAAAGCAAGUAUUGAAGAAGUUCUUCAUGUGUCCACUUGUGGAAUAGUGAGAGCGCAUAUGAAAUCCAUUUUGAUCCAUUGGGAACCUGUUUUUGCAAAUCAUUCCUCGCUAGUGACUAAAGAUCAGUGUGAAUCGGUGGAUGAUCCUAGCCAGUUAACCACAAACGAUGAUAAAACUUUAGACAACCCCAGGGACAUCAAUGACCUUGUGUGCGCCGUGGCCUGCCUUGUAGCAAAGUGGAUUUUUAAAGCCGAAAGUGAGUGUACCGUGAACACAUCCGAAAGUUACAAAUCGAUCCUGUGGUUUAAAUGUAGCAUCCUGCCACACUCGGCCGUUGUGCUCGAGCUUCUGAAAGACACUACAUGGAGAAACAUGAUUUUCAAGCUGUACAAUAGAAUGUGCAGUGAUUCACAAGUGGAGACUACCAGCCUUGAACUGCUGCAUGUAUUUAACGCAGUUAUGGAACAGUUAACUAAGACUCUGAAUUUGGGAAAAGCAUCGUACCAUAAUGCCAUUAAAGAUCUCUGCUUGCUUUCUGAUAAAAAGAUUGACGAGAAAAGAAGAGCUGCUGGUAAUUUCUUGAUGUUUCUUUACAUUGUGGACGUCUGGCUUGGUGAAAAAUCGACAGAUCUGUUUGGAACUCAUGUGAAAAGUGUAUGUGAGUCAGGUGACGUAAACAUUCCUAGCUCUGCGAAAAAGACUCCGGAACUGAAGAAGGAAGGAGUUCAGAAUGUGAUUGUAUCACUUUGUAAAGAAUUGUCUUCAUCUGUGGUCCCCACUUGACAUGAACUGCAUUAUUAGCCAACGUGGGUUUCAGACCUGACCACAUUUAUGAACUGAAUCAUGUGCUCAGCAUAUUAAUUCUGGAACUUAUAGGGUAACUCCAGGAACCAUAAAGACUUCAACUUAAUGUAGUUGUUUUGGUGUCUGGAGGUCCUGGAUUCUAUUAUAUCUUAUGGGUUUAAACCAUUUUCGAACAUUUUAACCCCAAUUUCAUCUUGAUGGCCUCCAUCAACUUGGCCCAUCUGCCUCCUCAGUCUGCCUUGGCUCCAAUGCAAAGUUCUCUGGGUGCAUUGAUGGG